AUGGUACUGCACAGUAUUAGGGAUAUUUUGAGACUAGAAGGAAAACUUGACGAAUCUUAUGAAUUCCAUGAGAAAGCAUUAGAAAUUCGAAGGAAGUUCUAUUCUUCAGAUCAUACAGCGAUUACUGACAGUUUAAAUAAUCUUUAUAGCUUCUUGGUCGAUCAGGGUGAACAUGGAAAUAUUUCGUCUAAUGAGGAGCGCAUAAGGUCAAUCUAUAAAGAUUCUUAUCCGCCUAUGCAUUAUGAAGUUGCUGAAGGAUAUCUUCGUGGAACACCGAAGUAUGAUAAAGCAACAGAUUGCUAUCAACAAUCGUUGAGAAUGUUAGAAGAAUUUUAUCCACCAUAUAUUCCGACUAAUUCAGUUGAAUUGUUAGCCACAUAUUCAUCAGUUAACAGUUAUUUUAACUGCGGCAUAUUGUGCAAUCAAAAUCCUCAAUGUCGGACGUUUGUUUAUGAUACACCUAUGUGCGAACUUUUUGAAGGCGCCGUUACUACUGGUUCCAUUGUUAGUUCGCCAUCGACUACUCGUCUUGUUGGCGCAGUUAACUACAAUGGAAUUAAUGUUUCGUCUGCUUACAACAAAUCAUGCAGUUAUUGUUAUCCUGACCGAUAUCUUGUAUGUACCAACGGCACAUGUCAGUGUCCACCUGGUACGUACUAUGAUAAUCAAGGUAAUUGUAUCAAUCAAAUCUACGUCAAUUCAACAACGACAUGUCAAGCUAAUAAUUGGUGUAAUCAACAGUUGAAUUUGACUUGUCAAUGUGGUCAAUGUCAAUGUCCAUUUCAACAAUUUUGGAAAAAUAAAACGUGUGUGCCACAAUUGCUUGCUGGAAAACCAUGCACUACAAGCAGUGAAUGUCGUAAUGAUCUUAAUCUUGUUUGUUCACGGAAAAACAAAACAUGUAUACCUAUGACUGUCGUGACAAUUCCUGUCAUAACUGGAACGCUUCCGAGUGUAUUCUCUUACGUUGAUGAAUCGCUCAACACUUCCGGCGUAGAAUGGUGGCGAGGCUUCGAUGGUGAUAUUUAUACUUACUGGAACAGACUUGGCAGUUACAACGUGUUGGAUUAUUUAUUUUUAACUUUUAAUGAUACCUAUCUACUGAAUUCCUUACAAUUAACGGUAUACGGUGAUCAAACACAUGAUCCCAAAACAAUUAGUGUAUAUACUGAUGAAAAUGGGACCUGUUUCGGUCAAGCGUUCUCGUUUCCAAAUGUCAGUAGCUUUACUACAUUUCCAGUGAAAAAUUUCAAUAAUAGCACGAGACCCAUCGCAACAAAUCACGUACUAAUUUCGAUUGAACGAUGGUCGACAUUUCAAACUUACUUAUUUGAAUUAACAUUUUUUGGUGGCUUAUAUUAA